UAUUGCACUUGAUUGCAGCUUUUUAGUUUCUUCUUCUUAUCCACAAAAAACUCAGUUCAACAUAACAUUACUAUAAUCCAAUAAAGGUUUUAAAUCCCUUUUUCAGUUAAAGGGAUUCUAAGUACCAAUUGGAGGAAGUUUCUUCGUUCAGUAGAAUUGAUUAAAAUUUAAAGGGAUGGAGAUGGAUUCUGGGAGUUAUGGGUGCUCACAUUACAGGAGGAGAUGCAAAAUAAGAGCACCCUGUUGUGAUGAGAUCUUCGAUUGCAGGCAUUGCCAUAACGACUCAAAGAAUUCUUUAGAAGUUGAUCCACUCAAACGCCACGAUAUUCCUCGCCAUAAUAUAAAAAGGGUUAUUUGCUCAUUGUGUAAUAUGGAACAGGAUGUUCAACAAACCUGCAUUCAGUGUGGGGUUUGCAUGGGAAAUUACUUUUGCUCAAAAUGCAACUUCUUUGAUGAUGAUGUUUCGAAGAAUCAAUACCACUGUGAUAAAUGUGGAAUCUGCAGAACGGGUGGCAAGGAGAAUUUCUUUCACUGUGACAGAUGUGGAUGCUGCUAUUCAAAUUUGAUGAAGGAAUCACAUAUUUGUAUAGAAAGAGCAAUGCACCACAACUGCCCUGUUUGCUUUGAGUAUAUUUUUGAUACAACAAAAAAUAUCACAGUCUUGCCUUGUGGUCACACCAUGCAUCUGGAAUGUGUCAUGCAGAUGGAACAACAUUUCCAGUAUUCUUGUCCUGUUUGCUCGAGAUCAUAUUGUGACAUGUCUCGUGUUUGGAAGAAACUGGACGAGGAGGUUGCCUCGACGCCUAUCCCUGAAAUUUAUCAGAACAAGAUGGUUUGGAUUCUUUGCAAUGACUGUGCAGAAACAUCCGAGGUUAACUUCCAUAUAGUGGCACAUAAAUGUCCUUGUUGCAAAUCCUAUAAUACGCGGCAGACAAGAGGAGGCACCAGUUCAUGCACUAAUAUUACUGAAAUGGUCCGAUGAGGUUCUUAUUUGAGAUCUGCUUCAAAAUUUCUCAUGGCAAGCACGGAAUGAUGAAUUCAACGCCCACGUCUGCAACAUUUGGUAUAAUUGUACCUUUAUUUUUCCGGGGACUAGUUUUACAGGUCAUUACUUGCAACCAGGGAGCAGUGGGACAUUCUUCGCUUAUUCUUUCAAAUGUCAGCCAUGAUAUUUCUCAUCAAAUAUUAUCUCUUGUUUUCAUUCUGAGGGGAAAUACAAAAAAACAUUUCUUAUGAACUUAGAUGGUCGUCAACAACAACAACAAUGACAUACCCAGUUUAAUCACACAGUGGGGUCUGGGGAGGGUAGUGUAUACACAGACCUUACCCCUACCAUAUGGAGAUAGAGAUGUUGUUUCCAAUAGACCCUCGGCUCAGAAUUAGAUUAGUUGGUCCUGGAGUUGUUUAAAGCGUAAGGAGUAAAGGUAGCAACGUAAUGUAUUUUGAUGACUGCACCUCUUGCUAUGAUGGUGCAGCUUAAGACAACAGUGUAGAGUUUUUGCUAUAUUUAUCUUUGAAUAAGGUAUUUGAAAUUCA